UCACAUUCACUUAAGGAGCAAGGCAUCAAACCUAGUAGCACAAGCUAGUCAGGUCCAACUCACACCCACCCACAUUCAUGUAUUUAUCUAAUCUAUUUUUAAAACUACAUAAGGUCUUAGCUUCUAUAACUGUACUUGGAAGUUUGUUCCACUCAUCCACAACUCUAUUACCAAACCAGUACUUUCCUAUAUCCUUCCUGAAUCUGAAUUUUUCCAACUUGAAACCAUUGCUGCGAGUCCUGUCUUGGCUAGAUAUUUUCAGCACGAUAUUUACAUCCCCUUUAUUUAUUCCUGUCUUCCAUUUAUACACCUCAAUCAUAUCCCCCCUAAUUCUACGUCUUUCUAGAGAGUGCAGAUUCAGGGCCCUUAGUCUAUCCUCAUAGGGAAGGUUUCUGAUACAUGGGAUCAACUUUGUCAUCCUCCUUUGUACAUUUUCCUGAGUAUUUAUGUCCAUUCUGUAAUACGGUGAACAAUGUUGUGAACAUUGUGUUGUUGUGGUAAACACUUAGGUGUUGUGGUGAACAUUGUGUUGUUGUGCUGAACAUUAUGUUGUGAUGAACAUUAUGUUGUGAUGAACAUUGUGUUGUGGUGAAUAAUGUGUUGUAGUGAACAUUGUGGUGUUGUGUUGAACAUUGUGCUGUUGUGAACAAUAUGGUGUUGUGGUGAACAUUGUGGUGAACAUUGUGUUGUGUUGAAAUUUGUGGUGUGAACAUUGUGGUGUUGUAGUGAACAUUGUGGUGUUUUGGUGAACAUUGUGGUAUUGUGUUGUGGUGAACAUGGUGUGGUGAAUAUUGUGUUGUGGUGAACAUUGUGUUGUUGUGAACAUUGUGGUGUUGUGGUGAACAUUGUGUUGUUGUGAACAUUGUGUUGUUAAAGUGAACAUUGUGGUGUUGUGAACAUUGUGGUGUUGUUGUGAACAUGUGUUGUGGUGAACAUUGUAGUGCUGUGAAUAUGGUGUUGCGAACAUUGUUGUGGUGUGGCAAAUAUUGUGGUGUUAUGGUGCUGUGGUGAACAUUGUGGUAUUGUGUUCAACACUGUGGUGUUGUGGUGAACAUUGUGUUGCGGUGAACAUUGUGGUAUUGUGGUGAACAUUGUGGUAUUGUGGUGUUGUGGUGAAUAUUGUGUUGUGGUGAACAUUGUGGUGUUACUCGGGUAUCUUUACUGAGGCAACGUUUCGCCACACAGUGACUUCAUCGGUCCUAUGCAAAGAAGAAUGGUGGAUAUCAGAAGGUGUUUGAGGUAAUCAGUCCCUCAGCCUGUAGUUGAUGUAAUCAGUCAUCAAUCUUGGAAAAGAACACUCAUGUAUUUAUCCAACCUAAAUUUGAAACUACUUAAGGUUUUAGAUUCAAUAACCCAACUAGGCAGACUGCUACUAUCAUCAACUACCCUAUUUCCAAACCAAUGUUUUCCUAUAUCCUUUCUAAAUCUAAACUUAUCUAAUUUAAAACCAUUAUUUCGGGUUCUCUCUUGAAGAGAUAUCCUCAAGACAUUAUUUAUAUCCCCUUUAUUAAUAUCCCCUUUAUUAAUACCCAUCUUCCACUUAUACACUUCGAUCAGGUCUCCCCUCAUUCUUCGUCUAACAAGUGAAUGUAAUUUAAGAGUCUUCAAUCUUUCUUCAUAAGGAAAAUUUCUAAUGCUAUGUAUUAAUUUAGUCAUUCUACGCUGAAUGUUUUCUAACGAAUUUAUGUCCAUUCUGUAAUAUGGAGACCAGAAUUGAGCUGCAUAAUCUAGGUGAGGCCUUACUAAUGAUGUAUAAAGCUGCAGUAAGACCUCUGGACUUCUGUUGCUUACACUUCUUGAUAUAAAUCCCAGUAAUCUAUUUGCCUUAUUACGUACGCUUAGGCAUUGCUGUCUUGGUAUAAGGUUGCUGCUCACCAUAACCCCCAAGUCCAUGUGGCAUUCUGCACGGAUAAGUUCUACAUUAUUAAGCUGAUAGGUGUUAGGGUUAUGAAUAUUCCCGAGCUUUAGAACUUUGCAUUUAUCUACAUUGAACUGCAUCUGUCACUUUUCUGAAAACAAAUUGAGUUUGUCUAAAUCCUCCUGAAGUUCCCUGACAUCUACGUCUGAAUCAAUUAUCCUAUUUAUCUUCGUGUCAUCAGCGAUUUUACUCAUAUCACUAGUAAUUCCCUCGUCAAGGUGAUUGAUAUAUAUUAUAAAUCACAAUGGGCCUAAAACUGAUCCCUGUGGAACGCCACUUGUUACAGAUCCCCACUCAGAUUUAACUCCAUUUAUGGACACUCUCUGCUUCCUAUUAGUGAGCCAUGACUUGAUCCAUGAGAGCACUUUUCCCCCAAUGCCAUGAGCUGCCACUUUCUUCAACUGUUUCUGGUGCGGUACUCUAUCAAAAGCCUUACUAAAAUCUAAAUAAACAAUAUCGAAUUCUUUAUUGUGAUCAAAAGCUGUACUGAAGAAAGUAAAUUAGUUAGGCAGGAACGGCCCUUCGUGAAUCCAUGUUGAGUAUCAUUAAUCAAAUUAUGCUUAUUAAGAUGGCUUCUUAUAUUAUCAGCUAUAAUUGACUAGUAAUUUGCCUACAAUUGAGGUCAGACUUAUUGGGCAGUAAUUUGACAGUAACGACUUGUCCCCUGUUUUAAAAGUAGGAAUUACAUUAGCCAUCUUCCACAUAUCAGACACUACACCUGUUUGAAGAGAUAUAUUAAAAAUAUUAGUCAGUGGUUCACAGAGUUCCAUUUUUGCACUCCUUAAGAACCCUUGAAAAAACCUCAUCAGGGCCCUGGGACUUAUUUUGCUUCACUCGGUCAACUUGUUUGAUAACCAUAUCGCUUGUUACUGUGAUUUUACGUAAUUUAUCUUCUUCAGACCCACUAUAAAAAUUAACAUUUGGGAUAUUGUUAAUGUCUUCCUGUGUGACAACUGAGAGAAAAUAAUUAAAAAUCGAGCACAUUUCAUUCUCCUUGUCAGUAAGAUACUCAGAGUUAUUUUGAAGGGGAUCUAUCUUAUCUCUAACUUUUGUUCUAUAAACCUGGAAAAAACUUUCGGGUUAGGUUUCAAAUCCCCAGCAACUUUAAUUUCAUAGUCCAGUUUUGUUUUUCUUAUCCCCUUUGUAACGUCCCUCGUAAUGUCAAUAUACUGAUUCAUAAGAUGACUCUCACCUCUUUUGAUGCGCCUAUAAAUUCCUUUCGUCUGCCCUAAAAGAUAUUUGAGCCUAUUAUUCAUCCAUUUCGGGUCAUUUCUAUUUGAUCUUAUUUCUUUAUAUGAAAUAAACAUUCUAUAGACAGCAUGUAUGAUGUUUAGAAGCUGUCACAUUAAUAGCUGUCUGCGUUACCCCAGUCCACGUUGAUAGUUGUUCUCUGAGACCAUUGCAAUUUGCUAAGUUACAUCACAAUAGCAAGAACUUGGUGGUUCAUCGCUGAUACUGUUACUACUACCACCACCACCAGCACCACUACCACCACCACCACCACAACUACCACAACUACCUGAAAAUGUCAUUGAGAAAGCUGUUUUCGAGUCAUAACUUAAGCCUGGUGUUGUAGGCUCUGGAGUGUGUGUGUCUGAGUUGAGGUUGACCAUUGUGAGGAGGAUGUACCUGGUGAUCAGUGGAGAUGGAGCAGUGUGUGUGAGCAGUGUCUAGCACCACCACCACCACCACUACCCUGGUGUUCUGCCCGAGCGUGACCAUGUUGGAGACGACCACUAUGAACGACAACACCCGCGACAACACCCGCGACAGCACCCACGACAACACCCACGACAAUACCAUCCCAGCCAAGUUCGUUAUAGGCGCCAGUGACGACGAUUUUGAGGAACCAGAAGCGAAGGAGACGGUUUUGGCUACACACGUUGUUCCGCCUGACGGAGGAUGGGGUUGGGUGGUUGUGGCAGCAUCCUUCAUGUGUAAUGUAGUGGUGGAUGGAAUCAUCUUCUCGUGUGGGAUGUUGCUGCCCAGGUUCAGAGAAGAAUUUAAUGUGUCUAACUCUGAGGUGUCCUGGGUCAGCUCUCUACUGGGAGGCUUCUAUCUUAUUGUGGGUCCCUUCGUGUCGGCCCUGGCCAAUGCAUAUGGUUUCCGCACGGUGUGCAUCCUGGGGGCGGUCAUAUCCUCGGUGGCCUUCGGUAUCUCCUCCUUUGCUACAAGUAUUUACUUCCUUCAGUUUACCUUCGGUGUUAUGGGCGGUGUUGGUUUUGGACUGAUAUAUGUACCAGCUGUGAUAGCUACAGGUUUCUACUUUGAGAAGCGUCGAGCUCUGGCCACCGGUAUCGCUGUCUGUGGCUCUGGCAUCGGCACCUUUAUCUUUGCUCCCCUCAAUAACUACCUCAUUGCUACCAUGAACUGGCGGUGGACACUCAUUGUGUAUGCAGGAAUAACACUAUCAUGUGCCAUUUUUGGGUUGGCGUUCAGGCCUCUACAACCCACCACACAGUCCUCUGAUGAAGAUUCUGAGCCUCCAGGAACUCCAUUGCUUAUGAGGAUCAAGAAAGCUCGGGAUGAACAAAUGCGGCAGUGUGCGUCUGCGCUCUCCAUGGCCUCCAUGAACUCUAAGUCUCCCUCCAAGACUAACAUGGACGAUCCUCUCAAUGAUGCUGAUAUGAAGUUAAAUGGCAGUGCAGUGGCACGUGCAUUGCUGGAGCGUCAUGGCGGUGGUGGCGGCGGUGUACACAAGCGCUACAGUUUUCCUGGUAUUGUGGUCUCAGGACCAGAGCCUAUCAAGGAAGAGACCGAGAUACCACUCAUUGAGUGUGAGGGGAGGGAUGGAGGUGGCACUGAUGGAGCUGAGAGCCACAACACUCGAGUGCUGGACGACAACAAGAAUGAAACUCUCUUUAAGAACAUGAGUAACACUGACGAACACAAUAACAGCAGAGUCAGUAAUGUGAACACUUGCCCACGCAACAAGAGUGCUCCAGUUCUUGCUCAACCUCAUCUGCUAGCUGCUGAACAACUACGUCGUCCCUCACGGCUGGCACUACGCACUGAGACUGCUCGACCAUUUUACCGUGAAGAUAUAUUCUACUCUGGUUCUCUCUGUCGCCUCCCAGAAUAUCGAAGUUCAGAAUCAGUUGAUAGAUACCACCAGUCAGUGACACAUCUGCCUCCCAUGGAGGACAUAGCUGAAGAAGAAGACAGUGGACGAUGUCGCUGCUGUCCCACAGCGCUCACUAACGUCAUCACAAGAAUUUUUGAUUUCUCAUUGUUGUCUUCACCUACGUUCGUAGUGCUGAGUGUGGCAGGCUUCAUGUCCCUCAUGGCUCUCUUCGUCCCAUUCAUGUUCCUGCCAGGGUAUGCAGCACAACAAGACGUGAGUAAAGGAUCAAUUGCAACAAUGGUGUCCACCAUCGGCAUCACCAACACCAUCGGUAGAAUAGUAUGUGGUUGGGUCUCUGACCACCCUAAGGUUGAUGCUCUCUGGGUGAAUAACUUCUCUUUGAUUUUGGGCGGAGGAGCGACUGUGCUGCUGCCAUUGGUGUCCGACGAGUCCCUUCUAAUGGCUUAUUCUGUUGCCUUUGGUCUCUCUGUAGCUGCAUUUGCUUCGUUGCGUUCCAUCCUGCUGGUGGAGCUUCUUGGUCUGGAGAAACUGACAAAUGCCUUUGGUCUCCUCCUGCUGUUUCAAGGUAUUGCUGGCAUCUUUGGAAGUCCAGUUGCAGGUGCAUUUGUUGACUUGACCAGCAACUACAGCGUCAGCUUCUAUGUAUUCGGUGGAAUAUUUGCAUUGUCAGGCAUAAUAUGUACACCACUGAGAUGCAUCAAGAACUGGGAGGACAAGAAAGUCAAGAGGCUGCAGGAAUCCAAAAAUAUUGAACUGAAGGCAUAGCCAUGAGAGAGCAGUUUAUAAGAGCAAGCUGAGUGAAGUAGCUCUCCUGGAGAUAACUCACUCACUCUCACAUAGUACUGUGGUGAAGAUAAUACUUGCAUGAAGAGAAUCAAUAGAUUACUUUAGAGUACAAUUUUCUGUGAAGUAGAGUCAGCUCUCUUAUAGAGCUCCUCUAUAUAGUGCAGUUAUUCAUAAAUGUAAAUGAAGUUGUGCAUUGACAAAUAAAUGGCAUGUACUGUGAAGACAUGAAAAAUUGCACUGGUAUAUACAAGAACUUUAUAAGAGCACUGACUAUAAUUAUGUUUAGAACUUAAUGUGGAUAAGAACUUCAAUACUGAAGGUAAUUCAGUGAGGAGUCUUACUAGCAAUAAGACCAUAGAGUCUGGCCUAUAGCUGGCCAGCUCAGCCAUAAAGUCUCUCAAGCCGGCCACAGGUAAACCAGUAAAAAGUUUACAUUGUUGAGCAAGUCUGUAAAGCAUGUCCUAGACAAAGUCAAUCUGAGUUUGAAGUUAGUUAAUAAACAGAGGAAUGGUUAAGUUUGGAGCCUUGAGAAUGACUGUACUUACAUGUUGUGAAAUAUGAGAGGCAAGUAAGUGUAUAAUUGUCAUUAUUUCAUUAUCAACAAUGAAGCAAAUUUGCUGGACUAAGUGAUUUAAAAAUGCAAUUGUAAAUAACUUUCAUAAUGCAUUAUGUAAAUUGUCUGCCUGUUGUAUGCUAUAUAACUGCUAUGCAUGUAAGUAGGAUGUUUUCAGUGCUACAUAUAAUGUACAUACACUAUAAUGUAUGUACAAUAUGUAUAUGAAAUAUGAAGAUUACAGAAAAUUACUUGUACAAUGGAACCUUGACUUACGAGUGUCCCAACAUACGAGUUUUUUGAAAUACGAGCCGUCGAUCAGUCAAUUUUUUGCUCUGAGUUACGAGCCAAUAUUUGAGUUACGAGCCAGCUUCCCCCCCCCCCACUUCCCCCUCAACCCAAAACCUGGACACCUCUCUUGUUUAUCUAUGAUUUCAUGCUUUAGUUCCAUGGAAAUCAUCCUCUUUUUCUUAUCAGCACUGUCCUUUACACUUACUUUCUUAGGACCCAUGGUUAGAAAAGCAAAAUUUGGCCAAAUGACUGUCAAAAAUGUAAGCAAAGUGGGAGAGAACUGCUCCCACAGCUACGUAAACAGUGCACUGAGUUGACUUCAUUCUGAAGCUCUCAUUCUUAUAAUAAUGCAUUAAUUAUUAUUAAUUUAGGGAACUGAAGCUCUAUUGUUAUUGCAAUUAUUAUUUUAUUAUUAUUAUUAUUAUUAUUAUUAUUAUUACUUUAGAGAAGUUGAGCACAUAUCCAAUUCCCUAGAUCAAGAGGCCCUCAUCAGUGUCAAGGUUUCCUGACUGGUGAGGAUCUCUUGAUCUAGGGAAUUGGAUAUAUGCUCUAGUUCUCUAAAUUAUUAUUAAUAAUAAUAAAAAUAAAUUAUAAUAGAGCUUCAGUUCCCUAAAUUAAUAAUAAUAAUAAUUACAAUAACAAUAGAGCUUCAUUUCGCUAAAUUACGUAAUAAAAAUAAUGUACAUAAUAUGUACGUAAUAAUCAGAAUGUUGCCACUAGUUGCCAGUACAAAUGUUUACGUCAGUGUCGAAGCAGUUCUCUUCUGCAUUGCUUACAAUUUUUAGUCAUUUGUCUUUCUGUCUGCUUGUCUGUCUCAGAGUCACUCAUUAAGAGUGUAAUUGGUCUUGAAGACGCCAUAUUAAUAAUGAUAACAACACAAUAAUAAUCACUGAGGCGCAUUAAAUGUGUAUAAAACGUU